AUGCCACGUAUCGUUGCUCCGCACAAAUCGGGGCUUCAUCGACUAGCAUGUCUUUCUCUAUACAAAGCUCUGCUACAUGAGAGUACACGAGUCGGGGCCGCAGUCGACAACCCUGCCGUCACCAGAACUCUUCAGUCCUUGAUCCGCUUCCGCUUCGAUCGAGACCGCAAGCUGCUUUCCCCUUCACAGGUGGCCAAUGGCUUCGAGGCAGGUCAUGGCGCCUUGUCACUCCUCCGCCAAUGCGCCCGUAAAUCGGACGACGCCUUGAACAAGCUGAGCCAGACCCUCGAGCAUGUAGCCCUACAAGCCGAAUCUACAGCCAGAUACCGCGGCGAACUCGCCUCUCGAUGGAAACCCCCUCCGCCCCAACGCCGUCCCCAUCUGGAGAACCUGCGCCGGAUCGCGAACAGGGCAAACCACAUGUCCACUCCUGACAACCCACGCAUCUUUCAGCACCCAAGACCGAUCUCUGAAGUGAAAUCGGGUGUCCGCAAAGUGCCCAAUCUGAUUUUAGCGCAGGGAGUCCCGCUCCUGAAAUACCCGGGCCCGACUCCGGUGUUGUUGAACCGGAUUUUGAAGACGAAGAUCCAAUGGGGAGUUCGCAAGUGGGCACAGCAUCUGGACAUCGCAGCCAGGAUUCAGAUCGGUGAAUGGGAAGACGAUUGGGAUUCCAUCCUUGGGCGAGAACAGGGCAUCGUAGAGACACAGGAGGACGCGAUCGCGAAUAGACAGCUGGGACAGCAGGCUGAGCAGGUGGAAGAGGACCACACUCAGACCUCACCAGAGUUCAAGAUCCGCUUUGUCGGUGGCAACCGACCCGACAUCGGGGAUGGCAAGAACAACAAUCAGUCGACAGCCCGUUCUAGUCCCGCCGUUCCAGGAGUGUCCUGGACACUGGCGCUGCGCCAGGUUGACCGACAACUCGAGCAGGCCGUGCAUGCGCGCGGACGGCAGUACGCAGAGCUCGGGGACAAAUAUUGGCAGGUCAUCGUGAAGGAGAGAGAGCUGAAGGAGAAGGAGAGGAAGGAGAGGAAGCAUGCCCGGCGGAUGGCACGGAAACAGGCGACCAGCAUCGUUGACGCUGACGAGUCCGCCGGAGAUGUGAGCAGCGUGUCUUCUGGCUUUCUAUGA